UGAGAGCAGAGAAGAAGAACAGCGAGCGCGGCUCGUUUAUCACAGAAGAAGUAACUUAUUAGCGGAUUAUCGAUCCUGUGAUCGAUUACCUGAUAUCGAUCAGAGCUGGUGUCUGAUGGAGCGGACAGCAGGGGACGGACGGAGCGGCAGGACGCUUCUCCUGCGGUAGUCUGACUCCUCUUCAUCAUGUAGCUCCUCUUCAUCAUGUAGCUCCUGUUGGCUUUUCACUCUCUCCACAGAGGACGUACCCGCGCGCUCCGCUCCACACUGCGCCGUGCCGUGCGUAAAAGCGGCUCCAACUUUACGCACAGACGGGACGCGUGGCGCGCGCGCAGCAGCCUGUCAUGUUCUCCGAGGUGAGUGACGUCAACCUGACGUUCAACCUGAGCGCGCCGCUGUCCCAUCUGGAGCAGGACUGGAGCGACGCGCCGCACGAGCGUCUGUCGCUGAGCGGGCACUGUGUGGUGUCGGUGUGUCUGGGCUCCAUCAUGGUGUUCGGGUUCCUCAACAACCUGCUGGUUCUGGUUCUGUUCUGCCGCUUCCGGUCUCUGCGGACUCCUGUCAACAUGCUGCUGCUCAACAUCAGCGUCAGCGACAUGCUGGUGUGCGCGUGCGGCACGACGCUCAGCUUCGCCUCCAGCCUGCGGAGCCGCUGGCUGUACGGCCGCAGCGGCUGCAUGUGGUACGGCUUCGUCAACUCCUGCUUCGGAAUUGUGUCGCUGGUCUCCCUGGCCGUCCUGUCCUACGACCGCUACAGCACCCUGAUGGUAUACAACAAGCGGGUGUCGGACUACAGGAAGCCGCUGCUGGCGGUGGGUGCGGCGUGGCUGUACUCGGUGGGCUGGACGGUGCCCCCCCUGCUCGGCUGGAGCAGCUACGGUCUGGAGGGGGCGGGGACCAGCUGCUCGGUGACGUGGACGGAGAGGUCGUCCGCCUCUCACUCGUACAUCGUCUGUCUGUUCGUCUUCUGUCUCGGCCUCCCCGUCCUCGUCAUGGUGUACUGCUACGGACGCCUGCUGCACGCCGUCAAACAGGUGGGUCGUAUCAGGCGCACGGCGGCUCGUCGCAGAGAGUUCCACAUCCUGUUCAUGGUCGUCACCACGGUGGUGUGUUACCUGCUCUGCUGGAUGCCGUACGGCGUCGUCGCCAUGAUGGCCACCUUCGGCCGGCCAGGAGUCGUCAGCCCCGUCGCCGCCGUUGUCCCAUCGAUCCUCGCCAAGAGCAGCACCGUCAUUAACCCCGUCAUCUACAUCCUCAUGAACAAACAGUUCUACCGCUGCUUCCUGAUCCUGCUCGGCUGUAAACACCCGCUGACGGAGAGCGCUCACUCCGCUGGGCCCUCAAAGACCACCGUGGUCCAGCUCAACCGCCGACCGUGUGACAGCAGCUCCAGACACGCCACCACCGCUGAGCCGGCGCCGCUCACCACACAGGGAACCAUCCACAUGGAGGGAACCGGCGCUCCACUGUGAUGUAAGCGCAAUGUCACCCUGAGAGUCAGCGAUGACACGUUAACAUCCACAAUAUGAACACACUGACGUGUGCGGACAUGCGGACACGUAUGUAAACAUGUGCCACAGACAUGUUUACAUUUAUUAACAUGAACACAACAACAAACAAUAAAUAAAACAUUAAAAUCAUCCUAACGUUUAAACAUAAAAAUAAAUGCUUCGCUACUAACGGAGGCAUUUUCAGAGAGUCCGUCCUCAUCAACGUGAUCGCUACAGAGCGCACCAGGGCAAUAUCCUCAGAUUUGGCACAAACAUCCACGCAGACGCAACAAUGAAUACAUUAGAAGUUGGUGGUCGAAGGUCAGAGGUCACUAUGACCUUGCAUCUGUCUCAUUUUCAUUAAUUCAGUAUGUCAAGAACACCUUAAGGGAAUUCAUUUUCAGUCCACUUGGACUAAAUGAUAAACUGAUUAGAAUUUGGUGGUCAAAGGUCAAGGUCAUCCAUCUUGUUCUUUUGGGUGCCAUAUCUCAAGAGGGCCUUGAAUUUCUUCAGAUUUGGCACCAACGGCCAUCUUGACUCAACGAUAAAUUAAUUAGAAGUUACAGGUUGAAGGUCACUGUGACCUUGUCCAUCUCAUUCUUGUAAAUGUGAUAUCUCAAGAAGGCCUUGAGGUGAGUUCCUGAAAUUUGGCACAAACAUUCAUUUGGACUCAACAAUAAACUGAUAAAAAUUUGGUGGUCAAAAGUCAAGGUAACUGUGACCUCACAAAACUUCCUAACUCAACCCUUCAUAUCCUGAUCACACGUCACCGCAGCCGAGAGCUGGACAUCUCUGUAACUGAUUGAUUGAUUGAUUGAUUGAUUGAUUGAUUGAUUGAUUGAUUGAUUGAUUGAAUAAAAUGUGAAUAUUUUUCUAUGCUCUCUGGUCCGUCUGUUGCUGUAAAAAUGUUCUGUGGAGUUGAAUAAAUAAAUUUGUGUGAUGCUCUCCGCUCUCGUCUUCACCAAGUUUAUUUUGUAUAUGUAU